CGAUCUAGAAAUCCAAAAAUGGGGAUUACAACAUUAGCACCAAGAAUACCUGCAGCCAAGGUUUCAGGCAUCUUCAUAUACCCAAUCAAGUCUUGCCGUGGAAUUUCUGUUUCUCAUGCUCCCCUCACUCCUGCUGGAUUUCAAUGGGAUCGGCAAUGGAUGGUGGUGAAUUCCCAAGGAAGGGCAUACACUCAAAGAGUUGAACCAAAGCUUGCAUUGGUUGAGGUUGAACUGCCUACUGGUGCACUUUUUGAAGACUGGCAACCUAAGCAUGAUUCCUAUAUGGUGUUGAAAGCUCCUGGGAUGCAAUCUCUCAAAGUUUGUUUGGGUAAUCGACAGCGUGAAGUAACAAAUGCUGUCACAGUAUGGGAGUGGACUGGAUCUGCCUGGGAUGAGGGAGCUGAAGCAUCACAGUGGUUCUCAAAUUAUUUAGGAAAACCCUGUCAACUGGUCCGCUUCAACAGUGCAUCAGAAGUUAGACAAGUGGAUCCUGAUUAUGCUGGGAGACAUCAUCAGACCCAUUUCUCUGAUGGUUAUCCAUUCUUACUAUUAUCUCAGGGAUCAUUGGAUGCACUAAACAAACUUCUAAAGGAACCCUUACCUAUUAAUCGUUUUAGACCCAAUAUUCUUGUUGAAGGCUGUGAACCAUAUUCUGAGGACUUGUGGACAGAGAUCAAGAUAAACGGGUUUUCAUUUCAGGGUGUCAAGCUGUGCUCUCGUUGUAAGUUACCCACAAUCAAUCAAGAGACUGGGAUAGCUGGAUCUGAACCAACUCAAACUCUUAUGAAGAUUAGGUCUGGCAAAGUCAUUAGACCAAAUGCAACAAAUAAAAACAAGGUCUACUUUGGUCAGAAUAUGGUGUGGAACUGGAUGGAUUCUUCUGCUAACGAGAGGGGAAAAUUCAUUAAAGUGGGAGAUCCUGUUUAUGUUCUCCAAAAUGUAUCUUCUGCUACGGAAGCAGCUGCAUGAACUGUGUCUGCAGGAUCUGUAGCAAUUGUGCUUGAUUGGGAAGGAUUAAUUUUGGAAAAUAAUCACUUAUCUUUUAACAGCUUUCUCAAUAAAUUGUAAAGUGAUUAUUUUCUUAAAUAAGUUAAACCAAAGUGUGUACGGACAUUUAUAAGGCUACAAUAAAACAAACUUU